GCAGAGGGCGUUCAGUCGUUAUGAAAAAUGGAGGUCGACUUUCUUAGGAAUCAGCAUGUUAAGUUUUUCAAACGUUGUUUGCUAAUGUUACCUAAUGGAUUGCGUUCGUUAGACACAAGCAGGUUAACUGUUGUUUAUUUUGCCAUCUCGGGACUCGACUUGUUAAAUGCUUUGGACGAGAUUGAAUCGGAAAGAGAGCUGAUUAUUGACUGGAUUUAUUCUCUUCAGCUUCUACCAGAUUUGAAUGGAUCUAAUUUAAAUAGAUGUGGUUUUCGAGGAUCAAACGCAAUUGGAAAUUCUUUAAUUGUUAAAAAACCAGGAAACAUUAAUAAUUAUGAUAGUGCGCAUAUUGCGAUGACAUAUACCGGUUUAGCAUCAUUGAUAAUUCUUGGUGAUGAUCUUAGUAGAGUAAAUAGGUUAGCUUUGAUAGAAGGAGUGAGAGCAUUACAACAACCAGAUGGAAGUUUUUGUCCAGUUAUUGAUGAAAGUGAAAAUGAUAUGAGGUUUGUUUAUUGUGCAGCAUGUAUCUGUUAUAUUCUGCAAGAUUGGAGUGCCAUGAAUAUUCCAAAAGUAAUAGAAUAUAUUCAGAAAAGUGUGACUUAUGAAGGAGGCAUUGCUCAGGGACCAGGACUUGAAGCACAUGGUGGGCCAACAUUCUGUGCUGUGGCAACAUUAUCAUUAAUGGGAAAAUUGACUGUUGCCUUAAAUUCUAAUCAGUUAGCAAAACUGCGGCGUUGGUGCAUUUUUCGGCAAGAGGGAGGCUUUCAAGGUCGACCUAAUAAACCAGCUGAUACAUGUUAUUCGUUUUGGAUAGGUGCCACUCUUAAGAUAUUAGAUUCGUAUAGUUUUGUUAAUGAAGAAGAAAAUAUGAAAUUCAUUUUGUCUACACAAGAUCCCAUAACAGGUGGAAUGGCAAAAUGGCCAGAUACAAUUCCAGAUCCGUUACAUACUUACAUGGGAAUAAGUGGAAUGUCUCUCAUGGAUAUUGAAGGUUUAAUUCCCGUGUAUCCCGCUCUAAAUAUUAGUUUAAGAGCUACAAAGCAUCUUUAUAAUAUACACGAACAAUGGAAAUCUGCGGAUAGAUGAUGAUAAAAUAACAUAUAACGUUUAUAUAUUUAUUUAAGCUUUCAUCAGAUUGUCCUCCAGUCCAAAGGGAAAGUAUCCAUAUAAUAAUAAUGAAAAAUAAUGAUUAAAUCAAAACUUAAUCCUAAACAACUUUAAUGAUUUUUUAAAGUUUUCUUAAUGCAGUUGUUCUGUGAUAUAGCUACAGCAUAUAGAAGAUUGAAGAUAUAAAAUAUAUUUGCCAUUUUUGAUUUGUUAUAUCUAAAAUUAAUUAUGAAAAUAUCUUUCAAUUAUAAUUGUGUUAAAAAUUUAAGAUGUAGUGUUAAAUUUGCUAAAUAUUUUCCGAGCGUUUAUUUAGAAAUCAUCGUUUGGUAUUUAAAAUACGCACAAAUUUUUAAAUUGCUUCAAAGUUUCGCUUUUUAUAAAGUGAUUUUAACAUUAUUUGUUAAUACAGAAGUCACAAAAUAGGUUAAAAUAAAUUAUUAAUUAUGAUACUUCACAAUAUGCAAAAGCAGUUAUUUAUUGCUCAGUCUGACCAAUUAAAUCACGUAUGCAAUCGAAAGUUUGAUAGUUAAUGAUCAUCAAUAAUGUUAAUUAAAUAUUUUUAAUUUUAUUGUUUAUUAUAUUUUAAAGAUCAAAAGGAUUAAAACGUUUACAUUUCAGAUUCGUGAACAUUAUAAAUAAUUUCGAUUAAUCUAGAUUAUUUAGAAUAUUUUGACAUUGGUCGUAAAGUUUAUUUUUACAUCAGUUACUUUACAUAUUACAAUUCAAGGAAGAGAUUUAGUUAAUUAUUAUAUAAUUAAAGUUAUCCAUAUUUUUUUAGUUAGUUAAUAUCAGCAUCUGAUAACCAAAUAAAUGGCUAUACUAUAUUAUUAAAUAUCAGAUUUUAUUAAUUAUUUUGAAGCAGGAA